GGCCACCAGGGCUCCAAGAGAGCCCCGGCGCUUCUCCAGCGCCCGUUUUCUGGGCGCCCCCGUCCAGAGGCCGCCGGCCCCGCCGCGUGGGCUCCCCGGACGCCCCCGGCCCCUCGCGGACCCCGAGCGCGCGCUGGACCGCCGCAGGCCCGAGGAGGCCCCUCGCACACCCAGCGCGCCGCGGCCGCGCGGGAGGCCUGCUCCGCCCGCGCCACCCACCGGCCGGCCUGGCGCGCGGGCGGGCGUGCGAGCGGGCGGGGGCCGUGCAGCGCGCCCUCCCCGGCGGCGGCCCCGGGCGCCAUGUGUUCCCGGCGGGGCGCGCCGCUCCCGGCCUGGCCGCGGCCCCUUUAACCCGGGAAGGGGCGCGGGCCGGAGGGGGCGGCGGGGCGGCUCCGAGGAGGGCUCUUUCUUUCUUCUUUUUUUGAAUGAACAGUGUGACGUACGCACAGGAAACCAGUCGGUUAGAGAGAAUGAAGUAAGAGGCCGGCCCCCCCGCCCGCCUCCUUCCUCCCCGCCCCCUCCCCGCCCGCCGCGCUCCCGCCCGCCGCUCCCGGUCUCCCCGCCGAGCCGCCGCCGCUGCCGCCGCCGCCAGCGAAGGUGCCGGGCCCCGGGCCCUCCCCGCCGGGGCGGCCGUCAUCGCCGGAGCGGGUGCGCGGCGGGAGCGCGGGGCGGGCGGCCGCGGGCUGAGCCGCCGCGCAGGAGCAGGAGGAGGAGAAAGGGUGCGCAGCCCGGAGGCGGGGUGCGCCGGUGGGGUGCAGCGGAAGAGGGGGUCCAGGGGGGAGAACUUCGUAGCAGUCAUCCUUUUUAGGAAAAGAGGGAAAAUAUAAAGCCCUCCCCCACCGCCGCCUUCUCCCCACCCCUCGCCGCACCACACACAGCGCGGGCUUCUCGCGCUCGGCACCGGCGGCCCGGGCGCGUCCUGCCCCCAUUUAUCAAGCAGCUUCUCGGGAAAUGCAUUUGCCGUUCGGAGUUUAAUCAGAAGAGGAUUCCUGCCCCCGCGCGCGGCUCGUCCUGCGGCCCCGGCCCCCGUCUCUCUGCUGUGGAGGCGUGAAGCGGUCCCGUGGACAGAGAUCCAUGUCCGUGCCUGCGCGCGUGUGUGCGUGUGUAAAUUGCCGAGAAGGGAAAAAUCACAGGACUUGGGCAAAUACUGGACUGAAAAUUGUAAUUCAUCUGCCGCCGCCGCUGCCUUUUUUUUCUCGUGCUCUUGAGACCUCCGGUUGGGAUUCCUACGGCUUGACAUUUCUGUGAAGGCGAAGUCUGGGAAUCGUACUGGAAAUUCUCCUAAUUUUUACACGCCCCCCGCGCCCCCAACUCCUGAUUCAUUGGGAAGUUUCAGAGCAGCUAUAACCGGAGAGUUCUGAAGAUUGAUGGAAUCUUUGCCUUAUGCAUUUGUUUUGUUUUCGCAAAAAAGGAAACUUGACAGAGGAUCAUGCGGUCCUUAAAAAAUACAACAUCACGGAAGAAGCAGACUGAUAUUAACAAUAAUUAUUAAUAGUGUGCCUCAUGAAAUAAAGAUCCGAAAGGAAUUUGGAAAAAAAUUUCCUGCAUCUCAUGCCAAGAGGGUAACACCAGAAUCAAGUGUUCCGCGUGACUGAAGACACCCCCUCAUUCAAGAAUGCAAAGCACAUCCAAUAAAAUAGCUGGAUUAUAACUAUUCUUUCUUUCGGGGUGUGGGGCUGGAGCGGGGGGCGAAAGGUGCUUUCGGUACCCGGCUGCUUUUCCUCGGGGGAAGGAUGGCGCACGCCGGGAGAACAGGGUAUGAUAACCGGGAGAUAGUGAUGAAGUACAUACACUAUAAGCUGUCGCAGAGGGGCUACGAGUGGGAAGCCGGAGGUGCGGGCGCAGCGCCCCCCGGUGCCGCCUCCGCGCCGGGAGUCUUCUCCUCGCAGCCCGGACACACCCCUGCGCCCGCCAGGACCUCGCCCCCGCCGCCCCCGGCCGCCGCCGCCGCGGGGCCUGCGCUCAUCCCCGUGCCACCUGUGGUCCACCUGACCCUGCGCCAGGCCGGCGAUGACUUCUCCCGGCGCUACCGCCGCGACUUCGCCGAGAUGUCCAGCCAGCUGCACCUGACACCCUUCACCGCAAGGGGACGCUUUGCCACGGUGGUGGAAGAGCUCUUCAGGGAUGGGGUGAACUGGGGGAGGAUUGUGGCCUUCUUUGAGUUCGGUGGGGUCAUGUGUGUGGAGAGCGUCAACCGGGAGAUGUCGCCCCUGGUGGACAAUAUCGCCCUGUGGAUGACUGAGUACCUGAACCGGCACCUGCACACCUGGAUCCAGGAUAACGGAGGCUGGGACGCCUUUGUGGAACUCUACGGCCCCAGCAUGCAGCCUCUGUUUGACUUCUCCUGGCUGUCUCUCAAGGCCCUGCUCAGUUUGGCCCUGGUGGGGGCCUGCAUCACCCUGGGUGCCUACCUGGGCCACAAGUGAGGUCAGUAGGCCCGCCACAGAUGAAUAUGCAAAAGGUUCACUAAAGCAGUAGACAUAUAUGCAUUGUAGUGUCUGACCACCAGACAAAGCUGUGGUCUCUUCAAAACAAAAACUAAAACAACAGAAACAAAAACAGCUUUCAGGCUCAACUUCGAAUCAGCUAUUUACUGCCAAAGGGAAAUACCAUUUAUUUUUUACAUUAUCAGGAAAAAAAGAUUUAUUUAUUUAAACAGUCCCAUCCAACCUCUCGUCUUUGGAAACCCUACCGCCAAUUGCCAAGCCCCACCUGGGGGGCUCAGCCGGGAUCUCCUGUGCCUAUAAACACCAAUUUGUUUUCCGUGUUGUUGGUUGGACUGACUCACGAUCUGAAGAGCAAACCACCUGACAAAGGACUGGACUGUUCCAGAAGCUGGGUGUCUGGCUGUUGGAGGUCAGGAAGAAGGUGUUCAUUUUCCUUGCAUUUAUUUGCCCUGGGGGCUGAGAUACUAGCAGAGGGGAAGGUGCUUGGCAGGGAGGAGUAUUCUUCCCUGGCCUGAAGAGCAGAUGGCUCACAUGGUACAUACCCGUUUGGAAGAAAAAAACUGCGAACUUCAGAUGGACUUGGUGUCUGCCAAGAUUUCCACACCGAAGAACAGUGAUGGGGGGAAAUGCCAUUAAAACAUAGCAAAGUAUUUUUUUAAGCUACCAAUUGUGCCGAGAAGCAUUUUAGCAAUUUAUACAAUAUCAUCCAGUACCUUAAGUCCUGAUGUGUAUGUUCAUACAUUUUGGAUACGCUCCCCCCUCCAAAUACUGGCUCUGUCUUGUGUGUGAAACAGAAUCCUCUGGAAUGCGAGGAAGCGAACAUUUCGGCAACUUAACCCAGAAGCAUCAGGCCGCCACAAGUGCCUGCUUUUCCAAAAUAGGCCGCAGUCCGGAUCCCACCUUGCCCCGGCUCGGAGGCUUUGUUCUGGACCUGAACGUGGGUGCUGGCCAGACUGCUUGGGGGUUUUACACAGAGCAGAGUGGGCCCCGACUGUCUGGAAGCGGACAGAGCUCAGAAUUCCACUGUCCGGAAGGAACAGGAGGAGGCCUGGGCCUGUCCCCCGUGGGCCUCCGGUCAGGCUGUUUCCAUGGGGACCGUGGAUCCUGGGAGCCAGAGCUGUUAAGACAUUUAUCACUGUGGAGGGAGGAUGCAGGAGCCGCGUCUUCCCCAGCAGAGGCGGGUGGCGAAGGCCAGGAAUGCCACCACCCAGACGAGACGAGGAAAGGGGCACACGUGGCCUGUGUGCAGGGUGGCUGUGGUGCAGGCAUGUUGGCCACAUGGCCACCCAUCUGUCUGUGCGGUUUAAAGCCAGGCUUUAAAUGACUUUGGGGAGGGUCAUAAAUCCUGAAGAAGGCGUUGAAAUGAGAUGUCAUGGAUUAAUUAACCUACAUCUGUGGAAUUGAGAUAUCAAACAUUAUCUUGUCAGUAUAGUUUGAUUUUAUUUGAAAACCUGACAAAGGAAAACCAAAAGGUUUCAGGUGUGAAAUGUUGGGAAUUAUCUGUACAUCCUGGGACAUACAGAAAAAAAAAAUCGUUGAUGGAAAACUCUAGCGAGGAAGCAAAGGAAGUGAAAUCUCCAGCUCAUAAACUAGAAAUUAUUUUUUCAAGUUUAGAAUCAGCUUUCAGACAUACAUGGAAUAACUGUGGCAUUAUUGCAUUAUAUACCAUUUAUCUGUAUUAACUUUGGAAUGUACUAUGUUCAAUGUUUGAUGCUGUGGUUGAUAUUUCAAAAGCUGCUUUAAAAAAAUACACGCAUCUCAGCAUUUUUUUUUUUGAAAAAUUGUAUUUAGUUAUGGCCUCUACACUGUUAGCAAAAAUGAUCAUUUUUUUUUUCCAUUUGAGAUGUUUGUCUCAAUUCCUUAAAAGCAUUUCUGCAGGUGAGAUAAGCCCUGGGCCUCAGCUGUCUGAGAAACCCUGGAGCAUGCUGGCCGUCGAGGAGCUUUACUUCAACCAAGUUACAUGCAUUUCCAUGUCAACAAAAUUGUGUAUUUGGAGCAAUCUGUCUGUUGUUCCCUUUGACCUUGUUCCUUGAAGGUUUACUUGUUCCUGGGCAAGUCUGAAUCUAAUUCACAUUACUUAGUAUUACAUACAUGUUUGGUUAAGCCACAUAAGGUUCAUGCAGUUGAAAAUCCAGAUGGGAAAUGACCAGGGGAUUAAAUUCCAGCCAUGAUGGUUUGACCUUUAGAGAGUUGCUUUACCUUUUGACAAGACCCCUCCAGAACCCUCCUGCCCUCCUUCCGCAGGGCCUGAAUAUGCAGAGGGGCUCACCCUCCCCCCCCCCCCACCCGGGAAGCAGGAAACCCCUGUAGGAAGCCUGACCUCCCUGGCAGGCCUCAGGAUGAUCAGACCUUUGAAUGAUUCUAAUUUUUUAGCAAAAUAUUAAUAUAUGAAAAGUUUACAUUGUCAAAAGUGAUGAAUAUGGAAAAUCAAAUCCUGUGCUGCUAUCCUGCCAAGAUCGUUCUAGAGGAGUCAGUGUGCAGUACACGCUAAGUGGCAAGUUCCUCCGAGCUGCUUUCAAAGUAACAGUGAAGAACGUGGACGUUUUUAAUAUAAAGCCUGUUUGUCUUUUGUUGUUUUUUGUUGUUGUUCAUACUGGGAUUUGCAGAAUAUUCUAAAAAUGUGUACAUAUAUACAUAUGUGUGUGUGUGUGUGUAUAUACAUAUAUAUAUCUGUAAGGUCCUGCGGGCGAGCUUCUGGCUGGUUUCUUUUUGCUGUGCGGCUUUGUUGUCUGGUGUUAAUGGUAAGUAAACACGCCCAGCCGCCUGCCCUCAGAACUGUAUAGUGUGGCUGCACUCGCUCCAAGAGUAGUUGCUGUUGCAUAUUAGAAGCACUGAAUUUAUAUAAAAGCUUCAACUAGUCUUUUCCCCCCCCCCUUUCUUUCAUUGUCUCAAUUAUUUUGUAAUCAGACAACAGAGAAGCAACCAUUCCUCCCCAUUUUGUGAUGGGACAGGAUUCCCACCUGAAAUGCCAUCGACGCAGUGCAUAUAUUGACCAAGGUCAGGGUUCAGUAGAACACGGGCACUCCCCAAACUGGGGUCACAGGCUCUAACAGGAGACACAAGGAGGGAAGCGCCAGGAGCCUCCCAGGCACCCCAAGCAGCCUGAAGGUCACAUGACCAGUGACCUUUCUACAGCAACCACUGCGUCUCAGAUGUUACAGUGUCUGAAAACCCUUGUAGGCUUAAGAUUUGGAUUAAAGUCACAUUUUGAAUUAAGGAAGCGCCAUGCUACAUAGUUCAAGCAAAAAAAAAUAAACCCUCCAUGCUGUGCGGCAGCCCGCUUACCUCUGCAUAUUCAGAUUUGACCUUCCAUGUAGAUGUGAAUUUUAUUUCAUUAGUAAAUAAUUUCUUGCAUAUCAUCUAAAGAACUAGUCCUGGCCCAAUGUGGGAAAUUAGGAAGUGAUGAUAAGUCAAGAGAAGUUAGAAUAAUCAUGUUAAAAGGUAAAUAAUUAAGACAGUCCCAACACAUGCCUAGCUUUCACAUCAAGGAUCUGGUGAGUGAACAGAAUUGCAAAUAGCCUAUAUUGUAAGUAAUUAAACUUAUGCUAAAAUGACUAAUUUAUGAAUGUGAGCUUAAAUUCUGAUUCCAAUUGUACGUUAUAGGCAGUGGCUGUUUUUAGGCCUUCUUAUCACAUUAUAGUUAGUAAGGUACACCUCCUCUAUCAGGCAAAAACAGGAAGGGCUUGAAACACAAGCCCUUCUAAGGAAAUUAGGGAGUCCGUUGAAAUUCUAUUCUGAUCUUAUUCUGUGGUGUCUUUUGCAGCCCAGACAAAUGUGGUUACACACUUUUUAAGAAGUACAAUUCUACAUUGUCAGGCUUAUGAAGCUUCCAAUCAGAUCUUUAUUGUUAUUCAAUUUGGAUCUUUCAGGGAUUUUUUUUUCAUUAUUAUUAUGGGACAAAGGACAUUUGUUGGGGGGUGGGAAGAAGAAUGUUCAGAGGAGCAAAACAUUUCCAAGACCAGAUCAGGGCGUGAAAUGGAAACAAGAGGGGCUCUUUGCUACGGUCAGUGCGAUGUCUCCACGAAGGGUCUUCUGCAGUACAUGAGAAACAUUGCUAAGUUCUGUGGAAGGUCUAGAUUCUAGAGACAUCAGAACAACUCAGAGUCCAGCUCUGUACGGCCAUGUAGAUGGGCCAAAACUCUUUUAAAACAGUUACCAUCCGUGGUCUAUAGUUCAAGGCUGGGUGUGUCUUAUGGCUAUUUAAACAAUAAAUCUACCGUUUUAACCAACAGGAUAGUUCAUGAAAACCUUCCAGUUGGUAGGGACAUCUGUUUCUGAAUAUUAUUUUAUAUCACACAGAAAAAUAAAAAUAAAAAACAGUGUGACACUGAAUUGGGUAAAUGAUAAUCCAAGUCCCUUCUCCUUACCCAAGUCAUCAUUCUGGUCCAUGUCUGUGCUCUUUGGACAGCCAUGAAAUAUGCAUGCCACUGACCACAAAGAAAACCAGAUGCAGUACAAACACUAUUGCAGCAAUUCAUCAUGACUACCCUGGAAAAAUAAAUUAAAGCGAGUAUCCUAUUGAUGGUAAGGUUGUUUUGUGUAUCAGCCUAAGCCCAGCAGACAAAAACGACUGUGGAAGAUGGAGAAGCUUAAUCAAAAGAUCCUGAGACUGUUACUAAAUAUGGCUCUAGUGUAUUAGUAAUGCCACAUACCUAAGCCUUUUGAGGAAGCUGUAGUGGGCCUUCUGGCAAGCUCAUUUACUUAAUUUUUUCCCUCCAGGUAGCAUUUGAAGGAGGAAUAGCCAAUCACAUUUCUUCUGGGGAAGCUUUGGUGGCUGUGUUUAUUAUACUAUCCUUCUUCGGUUUUCAACCAAGUUUGGCUUUUGUUUUGAGUUACUGGGAUUAUUUCUGUUUUAAAUAAAAUAAGUGUAUAAAGGUGUUUUUGUAUUGAAAGCGUCUGUUAUCAAGGUUUUCACAUUUUUACCUUCCAUGGGCUAUUUUUAAGACCGGGUGGUGGGAAAUCACCUGCAAAAUUCUGCACACACACAAACAUAUAUGAUAAGCAUACUUUAUGUAGUUAAAAUAAGUCUGUAGCUGGCCAGCAUUAAAUAUAAUGACACUCUGUGUUAUUGGAAAAAAGUCACAUUGCCAGUAAACUUUCCUUGUCUGUCCAGCUAAUAUUAUAAAGGAAAAUAAAGUACAAUGUGAGCUA